ACCCUAAUUUUUGAAUGUUGGUUUUGUCGAUUGUUGUUUACUCGUUUUCUUAUGUUUUGCCUCCUAGCUUUCUUCCUCUUACUCUAAGCUAUUAAGCUCUCCCUCUCUGUCUCCCUUUCUCUCUCAUAGCUCCUUUGCUUCCGUUUCAGAUCUACCCAGUUGGAGUUUGUUGGAAAUGGGACGCGGUGUUAGCAGUGGAGGUGGACAGAGUUCAUUGGGCUACUUGUUUGGAAGUGGAGAGGCUCCUAAGCCAGCGGCUAAUAAUCCUCCUGCCAAUACUAGUGCUGCACCGGCUGUAAAAGAUGCACCAAAGCCUGUUGUUAAUUCCCAGCCUGUAGAUUUUAAGAAUGUUCCUGCUGGUGUUAAUAAUAAUAUAAACAACUAUCACCGUGCUGAUGGUCAGAACACUGGCAAUUUCAUCACGGGAAACAUAUCUUCAUUGGAAAUUUUUUGUACUCAAUGACGAAGUUGGUGAUAGCUACAAGCAUUUUGGAUGCGCGAUGUUUUGGGUUAUAAAGUAGCUAUAUGUGCACUUGUAUAUUUUUGGACUUUUUCAAAGUGCCUAUCACUUGUAAAUUUUUGCAUAAAAACUUGUGUAUGGUUGGAGUAUUAUGUUGGAAAAUUGGUUAUCCAAUCCGUUACAUG